CGAUAAAUUAAGAAUUUAUAGAAUAAAAUUACUUUCUUGUAUAUUAUAAUAUACAUAAGUUUCUAGUACAAGUACAAGUGAAACUUUCUGAUUACAUGAACUGUAGAAAUUGGAGAUAGUAUCCAUGAAUUUACGAAGAAAACUUAACUGUAAUAUUUGACUGAGAAAAAAGUAUUUAAAAUCUUAAUAAAUAAACGUAAUAACGAUGGAAGCUGCAGACAGACGUGGCAGAACACAGAAAUCUACUUACCUAGCACCAUUACUGGGUGGAGCCAUAGCAGGUGUGUCCGUGGAUGUCGCACUCUAUCCAUUGGACACGCUGAAAACCCGUCUGCAAAGUGAACAGGGCUUCCAGAAGGCGGGUGGUUUUAGAGGAGUUUAUCGUGGUCUUCUCACAGUGGCUACGAGUUCGAUGCCCACGACAGCACUUUUCUUUGUUUCCUACGAGACAACCAAGAAGCUAGUGCAACCCCACGUCCCAACACAGUACACCCCACUGGUGCAUAUGUUGGCGGCCAGUGUAGGGGAAGUGCUGGCGUGUGUUAUACGAGUGCCUACAGAAAUAGCGAAGCAACGGAAGCAGACGUAUGUAGGUGACAAAGCACGAAGCAGCAUCUCUAUACUACUAGAGGCGUAUAAGGCGGAGGGUUUCCGCCGGGGCAUGUACCGGGGGUUCCUAUCGACAGUGGCAAGGGACCUGCCCUUCAGCUUCAUAGAGCUGCCCGUGUGGGAGAUGCUCAAGUCCACCGUCAGGCGACACAAUGACGGACAGAUCACCACGUUGCAGAGUGCGGUAUGUGGUAGCAUAGCUGGUGCUUUCGCAGCGGCAGUGACCACUCCCCUAGACCUCGCCAAGACUCGCAUCAUGUUGGCCGACGAGUACACCCUCACCCGCAAGUUGCGUAUCCGGCCGGUACUAGCUGCUAUAUAUCUGGAGUCGGGCCUGAGGGGGUUGUUCGCGGGUGUAACGCCCCGUAUGACGGCGUUCAUGGCCGGUGGUUUUGUGUUCUUUGGGGUGUAUGAUGACGUUAAGAGGAUCAUUGAGGGGCAUUUGGAUGGUAGUUAAUAUUUGUUUGUGCAGUAUAUUAGGUUUACUAAGGCUGGAUUUCACCAAAGAAACUGAUCGCGUUUAGAUCGAACUGAACGCCAUUAAAACAUUAAACGUGUAACCAGCGCUGUAUGUGUACCUCACUAAGGUUGUGCUUAUAUCAGCAACAGCUGAGGCAGCUCCUAUUGCCAACUUCCAUGUUAUUAUUUAUUUCUUGUUUUGUGUCUUAUUGUAAAUUGUAUUAUUUGUAUCAUGUUAGCAAUAAAUCAAUUAUCUAUCUAUCUAUCUAUCUUCAAAGCUUCAUUUUGCAUUUCACCACUACAAAUUUCGCUAAACACGUUUAUAAAUUCUGAACGCCCGAUUCCCUACGGUUAACUCUUUAAACGUAUUUAAAGAACCUGUCAGUUGUCAAACAGUCAUCAAUCAAGUUUUUGACAAUAUAAUAUCGGGAAUAAAAAAUUGCCAGUAUGGUAAAAAAAAUCCUGAAUAAAAGAAUGUUUUACCUUGUUUAAAGGUAAAACUUGUUAUGUAUUUUGUAGUCAACAGUAGUUAUUAAAUUAAAAACUAAAAAACUUAUCCUAAUUAUCACAUGAUUGAAUUACAAAUUUUUCUUAAAAUUAUUUUAGUUAAAUUACCCAUUGCUUCAAAUAUUAUUUUAUGAUCGUGUAACACUGUGAACGAAUGAAAAUCUAAAAUUCAUUUUGGUAAACGCGAUCUGUAUAACGCUGGUGAAUUCCAUUCAAAGUAAGACGAGAUCAACGUUC